UUGUUUUGAAUUUCGAACCAUGAACUUCACACUUCGAACUUAAUACAUAAACAAUAGUCGAUUAAUUUUAAAUAAUGGCUUUGGAAGUAAAAUCGUCAUUUUUUUCUGCUGAAACAGAAGAGCUUAAUUCAGAAAAAACGAACCAUAUUUCCGAAGAAUAUCUUGAAAUCAUAGAUGAACUCAAUGAAUCGCUUUGUGGAUUUACUUUACCGACCGCUGUAAAAUGCGUUUAUAAUCCAACUAUAUACGCCAGACAAACUUUUGAAAUGUAUGUUCGAAAAUACUGUAACACAAAAAAAAGUAUAAUGUAUUUUGGCAUGAACCCUGGACCUUGGGGAAUGUCCCAAACUGGUGUGCCAUUUGGUGAAAUUUCAUCAGUACGAGAUUGGUUAGGAAUAAAAGGUCCUGUAAGUAAGCCAUGUAAUGAAAUUAGAGAACGUCCUAUCAAUGGCUUUGCUUGUACCCGGACUGAGGUAAGUGGAAAAAGGUUUUGGGGACUUCUAAAAAAUAUUUGUGGAACACCAGAGAUAUUUUUUGAAACAAGUUUUGUUUAUAACUAUAUGAAUCAACAAUGGAUGAAAAACAAUGGUUGCAAUCUCACACCAGGAGAUUUUAAGGUAUCAGAAAUGGAAGCCCUCUAUAAUAUUUGUGAUCCAAUUUUUGUCAAAGUAUUGAAACUGUAUGAAGUUGAAAUUGUGGUAGCAAUAGGAAAAUUCUGUGAAACCAGAGCUCAAAAAGCUUUAAAAAAAUAUAUGCCAUGUAAUAAUAUCAAGGUACUUUACUUAUCACAUCCAAGUCCUAGAACCGUAAACAAUAAUAAUUGGGAUCAAAAGGCAUUGGAUCAGCUAAAAGUCCAUGAUCUUUUAAAAUAUUACAAAAAGUAGAUUAAUCAAUUUAAAAAAUUUCAUUG